AUGGCCCCGCGCGCCCGGCGGCGCCGCCCGCUGUCCGCGCUGCUGCUGGCGCUCUGCGUGCUGCUCGUCCCGCUGCAGGUGACCCUCCUGGUCGCACCUCCAUGCACCCGGGAGAGGCAUUAUGAGCACCUUGGACGGUGUUGCAGCAAAUGCGAACCAGGAAGAUACCUGUCUUCUAAAUGCACUCCUACCUCUGACAGUGUGUGUCUGCCCUGUGGCCUAGAUGAGUACCUGGACACCUGGAAUGAAGAAGAUAAAUGCUUGCUGCACAAAGUCUGUGAUGCAGGCAAGGCACUGGUGGCAGUGGACCCUGGCAACCACACAGCCCCACGGCGCUGCGCCUGCACGGCUGGCUACCACUGGAACCCAGACUGCGAGUGCUGCCGACGCAACAUGGAGUGCGCACCGGGCUUCGGAGCCCAGCAUCCCUUGCAGCUCAACAUGGACACGGUGUGCACGCCCUGCCUCCUAGGCUUCUUCUCAGAUGUCUUUUCAUCCACCGACAAAUGCAGACCCUGGACCAACUGUACCCUCCUUGGAAGGAUGGAAGCACACCCAGGGACGAAGAAAUCAGAUGUGGUCUGCAGCUCUUCUCUGAGAAAACCACCCAAGGAAGCCCAGAUUUACCUGCCCAGUCUCAUCAUUCUGCUCCUCUUCAUCUCUGUGGUGUUAGUUGCUGCCAUCGUCUUUGGCAUUUACUACAGGAAGGGAGGGAAAGCACUGACAGCUAAUUUGUGGAAUUGGGUCAAUGACACUUGCAGCAGCCUAAAUGGAAAUAAGGAGUCCUCAGGUGACUGUUGUAUCGGUGCCCACUCAACAACGUCCAGUCAACGAGAAGUGUGUGAAGGUGUCUUCCUAAUGACUCUGGAGGAGAAGAUGCUUCCAGAAGACAUGUGCUAUCCAGAAGAUGGUACUGGCGCCUGUGGGCCUGUGUGUGCAGCAGGCAGGCCCCAUGCAGGGAGUGGAGAUGCCGUGAUGUUCACAUUGGUCAGUGAAGUUGAGACCCAGGGGGACCUCUCAAGGAAGAUUCCCACAGAGGAUGAGUAUACAGGCCGGCCCUCACAGCCCCCUGAUGGGUCUCUGUUCCUGAUCCAGCCUGGAAGCAAAUCCACACCGCCUUUCCAGGAGCCUCUGGAGGUCGGGGAAAACGACAGUUUGAGCCAGUGUUUCACAGGGACCGAGAGCACCAUUGAUUCUGAAGGCUGUAACUUCAUUGAGCCUCCAUGCAGGACUGACUGUACUCCUUUGUCCCCUGAAAAGUACUUGAAAAAAGAAAUAGAGGGUAGCAGUUGUCCGCCCUGGGUGGCCAGCUCCACCUCACCAGAUGGCUACACAGGCUGUGGGAACACUCCUAGGGAGGACCAUGAACCCCUUAUGGGUUCUCUGAAGUGCGGACCAUUACCCCAGUGUGCCUACAGCAUGGGCCUUCCCAGUGAAGCAGCAGCCAGUAUGGCAGAGGCGGGAGAGCAGCCCCAGGCAAGGGUUGAUGAAAAGCCUCCAAACUCGGAGAGGGGAGCCUCGGGGUCUGGGAAUUCCCCCAGUGACCAGCCACCUGCAUCUGGAAACGUGACGGGAAACAGCAAUUCCACGUUUAUCUCCAGCGGGCAGGUGAUGAACUUCAAGGGCGACAUCAUCGUAGUGUACGUCAGCCAGACCUCGCAGGAGGGCCCGGGCCCUGCAGAGCCAGAGCAGGAGCCGGUGGGCCGCCCGGUGCAGGAGGAGACGCUGGCACGCAGAGACUCCUUCGCAGGCACGGCUCCGUGCUUCCCCAACACGCACACCACCGGGGCGGGCAAGCAGGAGAAGGGCGCAUCCCGGACAGAGGAUGGAACAACUCGGCCUGUGCAGGAGCAGGGCGCGGCGCAGGAUUCCCCCUGUACCCAGGGGUCCGGACAAUGUGUAAAAUGAUCCUGCAUUCUCUGCUUGCCCUGAGCGCAGGGCACCACUGACUUUCCCUAAACAGACUUGUGGCUAGCCACUAAGCAACUCCCCCAGGGGUAGGCUGGGGGGGGCAUGGUGGUGGAACCCACCCUGUCACUUCCUCCUGUGCUGUCUCCUCUGCCUACCACCACCAGGUGUCAUUAAGGUUUGGCCUUUUUGCAACGUUGGUGUCCUGCCUUUUUGAGGUCUGUACCCCAAACCCCACUCCCCAUAUUUAUAUUUCACUUGCUUUUUUCCUGUGCUUCUUGAUACUGUCUCUUUCUUUCUGUCUUGACUAAGGGUUUUCAUGACAAUUCUGAAGGUGCUAUCUCCUUUACACUAUUUUGCACUCCGUCCUACAGUGGUCUGGUGAUGGCUUUUGCUAGUGUCCUCCAAGCACUUUCAGGAAAAGGCCAGAUGUGCAGGGCUGGGCAGCAAAGUGCGUGAACCGAGUAGAGGGUUUUUUAUUUUGUGGAAAUAUCCUGUGCCUCAUUUUUGUCUAAAGAAGGGAGACCCUGCUCCCCAACCAAGGUUGUCAGGUUGCGUAGAUCCUUGAGAACUAAGUUCAGGGUGUGGCCUGUCUCCUACCUGUUUUGUUUUGUUUGUUCUUGUUUUGUUUUUGCUUUUGUUUUGCCAGAAUGACAGGUACUUGGCCACUAAUCUAAAAAAAAUCCUAGCUUUUGUGGUGUGGCAUUCUUAUUUUUAAACGAUUAGCUGUCUAGAAAAGAUGGAGAAAGUGAAUAGGACAUGGGGCCAAAGAAAAAAAGAAUGUGCCAGGGAAAUUUAAAAAAGGAUGAGUAAAGUUGACAUGCCACCUUGCGGAUUCUCUUUCCACAUAACAGUGUCGGAAAUGUGCUUAGGCAGUAUGCCCUCUUUCCUUCCAAAGCAUUUGUGCAUGAGUAAUUCAGCCUUAAGGAAGUAAAAACAGUGUGUGUGUGUGUGUGUGUGAUGCAUUUACAUUACAAAUCAGGAGAUCGAGAGAGGUGAUUUUCAGUUGAUAAGACUAAGAGUUUGAGUUCAAUACCCAGCACCCUUCUGGUAGCUCACAACAGCUUGUAACUCCAGUUCCAUGCCCCCCUCUGGCCUCCACAGGCAACUGCACCCAUUUUGUAUAUGCACAAAAAAUAAAUUACAAAUUAAAUUUUCUAUGACAUGGAUGCAGAAAAUUAAUUACAGAUUUUUUUUCUUUUUUGGGGCAGUUAAAGACUGAAAGUGGCCACUGGGGUGGGUUUAUCAUGGGCACUGGUUCUCAGAUACUGGAGAAAAGCUAAAGCAUGCAAGCAAAUGGCAAGUAGUUUUGUAAUCUGGUAGGUUAUACGCGUGUUAGCAGUGGUCACUGCACUGCCAUGAGUAUCCAGCUGGAAAGAAGGCCUGUCUGUCACUGGUUUCUUCCUUCUGAUUGCAGUUCCUCUGGGGUCAUAGCAGAUGACUGUGACUUUUAAUGUAGAGAAUGGCUCUGUAAUGGAUGGGGCUCUUGCACUAACAUAAAGAGCUGCAGGAAAUAACCACAAAGAGAGAUGGUACCAAAUCCAGCAAAACCAUUCAACCUUUCGGCAUGGAAUGUAUUAACUAAACUCCACAAAGCAGGAUGUAGAGCUAAAAACCCACAUCCACCAUGACCGUCAUCAUUUCUCUGCACCCACUUCACCUCUGUACUUCCAUUGUUCCUCUUACAAAUCCAAUAAUGAUAACCUAACAUCAUUUUUCCUACCCAGAGAUAUCAAAAAGGUUCUUGAAGGCCACCCUCAUGGGCAGAGGAGUGACACGGAUUCAUUUUUACUGUUUUUUUGGGGUCUAUUUCAAUGACUGAAGAGUUGUGAAAAAAUAUAUUUAAGGCUUUUCUUUACUACAUCUGUGGAAAAUAAACAUUUUUACCAUCAA